GACUCGUAGUGCGAUCAAAAAAAGGAGGAAAAAAGAAAAGGAAAAUAUCAAGACCAGCAGUGUCGACCGUGCGCGUCUUCGCGUUACAAUUUGGCCUCGCGCAGCUUGUUCCAACCAGUACCUACCCAUCCUACCUUCUCUCAGGCUUGACUUUUUUUCAGCUCCCUUAAAAUAUAGCGAGCUGUUUGUGCUUAUUCGUGUGUACAUACAAUAAAUACAAUAGCAGCUAGUUAUAAGCUCUAUCGUACACCGAGAUACGUCUAGCUUUCUCCGUUCUCGAUUCGCCGUAGGCUUUUGCUCGUUGUUGUAUUAUAAUCUCUAUAACAUAUCGGCGCCUACGCAUUCGAUACCAGUGCUCGACAUCAGUGUGUGCGCGUGCCCUCGUACGUGUACAUUCGCAUACGUCAAACGUCCGUGUACAUAAUCACAACGCACACGUACACACAGACACACAGACACGCACACACACACAUACGCACAAGCGCGCGCAUCGACACCGACAAAAAAAGACGAGAAAACAAAACAGAAAAUAAAAAAUCUAAAAGAGAGAGAGAGAGAGGUAGAAAUGAAACUGGUGUCGUCGUUUCUACUACAUCGAUAGUGGUAUAGUCGUUGAAUCUCUGGUGCUCGGACGCGAAUGCGCGUACGUCGUGCUGUGUACAGGCGCCUCUCGCUCGCUCGUUUAUAUCGCAGACACACAUAGAGUUCGCAGUAGCAGCAGCUUGUUGUGUCUAUAGAGCACCGUUUUUGCAAGCAGCCGUUUCAAAAAGUUGCAACACACGUGACGAGCGCGAACAACUUGCUGCUGUCAAUUCGUCGCCGUUGUUGUUUUGUAACGAUUCGGGAUUGAUGCGACGGGCCGCGGCUUCUUAACGACUAUCGACACGACCUAGAGCGCCAAGAAACUGGCAGCCUAGCCAAACAACAUGAAGAAGUUCACGUUCAAGGGAGUCCUCGACGGCUUUCGAUCCUCCGUCGCUCAACAGGUUAACAGACCCGAGCAAGAGAUCGUCGAAACGCUGCGCUCCGAACAUUUUCAGGUCAAGAAGACUUUUAGACAUGGCUUUCCUUAUCAACCUACGGCUAUGGCUUUCGAUCCCGUUCAAAAACUUCUGGCUAUUGGCACUAAAUCAGGAUCACUACGAAUAUUGGGUAGUCCAGGGGUGGACGUUCAUAUUAAGCACGACGGUGGUUGUGCUGUGACGCAGCUGCAGUUCCUCGUUAAUGAAGGAGCUUUGGUCUCGUCAACGGCCGACGACACUCUUCAUCUCUGGAACUUUCGACAAAAAAUACCUCAGGUCGUUCAAAGCCUCAAGUUUCAACGCGAAAGAAUAACUUGUAUGCACUUGCCACUGCAAAGCAAGUGGCUAUACGUUGGUACAGAACGAGGUAACAUCCACGUCCUUCAUAUCGAGACUUUUGUGCUCUCCGGCUACGUUAUCAAUUGGAACAAGGCCAUCGAAGUGUCGAGGAAAACACAUCCUGGCGCUGUUGUUCACUUAAGUGAUAAUCCUUUGGAUUUAAGUAAGAUGUUGAUUGGCUACGAGACAGGUCAAAUGGUAUUGUGGGAUUUGAAAAGCAAACAAGCGGAGUUCAGAUGGCAAGCAGACGAACCUCUCAGGUCUAUAUCUUGGCAUCAUGAAGGCAAACAAUUCAUGUGCAGCCACACCGAUGGAUCUCUCACAACAUGGCUUGUCCGACAGGCAAAGCCGAUCAACGUCACCCAUCCGCAUGCGAAAAGCACGAAGGAUGGCGAGCCCGAGCCAUGCAAAGCCAUUCAGAAAGUCGAAUGGAAGCUCUCGCGAUCUGGGGAGGCAUAUGUGAUAUUUUCCGGUGGUCUGGCUUACGAAACGACUGGCAGGACACCGAGUAUCACGGUAAUCCAGGGCAAGACGACAACUGUCCUGGAAAUGGAACAUAAUGUCGUCGACUUUGUCACGCUUUGCGAUAGUCCAUGGUCCAGUGACUUUCAGGAUCCCUAUGCGGUUGUGGUAUUGCUACAAAACGACCUUGUGGUGAUUGAUCUGCUGACACAGGGCUUUCCUUGCUUUGAAAAUCCUUAUCCGAUGGACCUGCACGAAUCACCGGUUACGUGUUGCGCCUACUUCGCUGACUGCCCGGGUGAUCUUGUACCAGCCUUCUACUCUGUCGGCUCCAAGUCGCAAAAAAAGACAGGCUUUAGUGAGAAAGAAUGGCCACUUUCUGGUGGUGAUUGGAAACCUAAUUCCAGUAGUUAUAACGAGAUCAUCCUAACGGGGCAUGCUGAUGGCAGCAUCAAGUUUUGGGAUGCUUCGGCUGGCACUCUGCAAGUCCUCUACAAGCUCAAGACGGCGAAGCUCUUCGAAAAAAAUAGGACGCGCAGCCUUGACAACGAGGAAGAUCCUUUGGCCAUUCAGUUGAUAUUCCUCUGCCCGGAGAGUCGGAAACUAGCCGUGGUUGGUGCUGGCAGGCACGUCGUACUCUUCAAGUUCAAGAAAGUUGAAAGCAUGUCCGAAGUAGUGACACUCGAGGUGUUUCUGGUGGCCGAUCCAAACAAGGAUACCGAACGAUCACCCGACUUCGACUUUUCUAACAGCGACGAUGCUAAAGCUAACGCUGAAAAGAAUCAGCCUCUCAAAGUUAAAACUGGCUUGCAAAAGCGAGCAGCUGGUUUUCAAGCUACCCUUGUCUGUCUUACUCACGGACCCAACGGCGAACUACCCGAGAGUAUCACGGCAGUCAGUAUGAACUCUUCUUACGGGCUGUUGGCCUACGGCAACGAUGCGGGUCUUGUAGUGGUCGACAUCGUGCAGAAGGUCACGUUGCUGGUUAUGUGCAUGUCAGAACUCGGAGGCAAUAUUGAUCCACAGCGCAGUGCCUUGCGGAGCCCAAAACGCCAGGAAGAGGCUGCAAGUGCGUCGAGACGAGCUGAUCUUGAUGACAAGGCCAGGAGUCCUAGUAUAGAUCAGCAAGCUGUCGAGUUGGCAGCAACGAUUUCGGGAGAAAGCUCGACGGUUGGCCCAGCAGCUACGGCACCCGCUUCUAGCGGAAACUGGAAGGACAAAUUAAAGCGUCAACUCAGCAAAGCCGACCUGAAGAUUAAGAGCGCCAGUAGCAGUCUUGCGACAACACCGACGGCUUCCGCCGUUAGCUCUUCGACCACCACCCAAUCCUCCCAAGACGCGCAAUCGUUCAGCAGCGGCCACCACCAUCAGCAGCAGCAGCAACAGCAGAAAUCGAGCAGUGAUAACCAAAGGACAUUAUCACCGGUGCAAAGUGUGGACGUUGAGUCGCCGCUUAUGUCGGGUGCACAGGACAUAAGUGUCACGGACUCGAGUGCGUUACAAGUGCAAAGAUCGUCAGAGGUAUCUCCGCGGUCACCUAUGCGAAGUGCAAAUGAUUCUCUUACUCGAGCCAGUCAACAGCAGCAGCUGCAACAACAAAGUCAAGAUCAAGAAAUCGCUCGGCCUACCAACCUAUCGCUGAGCAAAACAACUGCAACAGUCGAGGAGUCGAGUUCCAUGAAGCCAAGCAUGAGGUUUAAGCGCGUUGUCAAGAGCUUGCAGGCCAAACGAGCCGAAGCACGUGGCGGGAAUCAGAAAUCUUCCACGGCCGCGGCUGACUCCAGCGCAGGUGUCACGUCUUCCUCGUCCUCUUCCAUUGGAGCCACAACUUCGAGCAAACUUGGCGAUUCUGUCCUGUCUGAACGAACCGGCUCCAAAUACGCUGCACCGGAUGACUCCGGCAAUUUCUUGAGAAGAUUCACUCUUGAUCGUCACCAUCGUCAACAGCAACGCGUGAAUUAUCUUGACAUUGAAACGGGAUUUCGAUCAAUUGACAAAAUCGACAGUUCAUUUCAACGAUCACGUAGUUCGAGUAUGUCCUCACUUGAAAACAUUGCCACUGAAACCGUCAGCUGCCUUACUUUCGCCGAUUCCUAUACGAAAAAGAGCGAUUCCAAUGCCUUACCGACUUUAUGGAUUGGCACUUCUUCAGGUUUCGUACAAACUAUUGUAUUUAACACACCUGCCUCUGGUGACAGAAACUCUCAGCCUGUGAUUAUUUCUAGUUGUAAUGCUUCUUCAUUUAAACUGAAAGGAUGUAUGUUAACGAUAUCUUUUUUGGACUGCAAUGGAGCCCUUAUACCAUAUUCUUACGAAUCUUGGAAAGAUGAAAACAGCGAUGCUAAAGAUCGCAAAAACCAGGGAAAACUUUCGAGUACAAGAAUGUCACCUUCUAUUAAUUCUCAAGGUUCAGGAACUGAUGGAUACGAGGAUAGACAAUUCGUUGUGCUAACAUCUGAAAAACAAGCUAGAGUCGUAGCUCUUCCAUCUCAAAACUGUGUCUACAAACAACAAUUGGCUGACAGUAAUACCGUAAUUAAGGCGGAAAUUACAUCCCUUAAAGAUAGUGUUUGUUUGGUUUGUUACGCCUCAAAUGGUCACAUUUGCACGUACAGUUUACCGAGUUUGAGGCCAUUAAUAGAUGUUGAUUUGGUUCCAGUAUCCGAUUUGAGUUUUCAGACAACUAAACACGGAAUAGUAGACCCUAUGUUGUCCAUAUGGGGUCAUCAACUCUUUGUAAAUGGCAAUACGGAUCAAAUAGCAAGAACCUUGUGCUUCAGUAAUAAGGGCCAUGCAUUGUAUCUAUCAUCACCGUCAGAAAUCCAGAAAUUUACAGUUUCCAGUGAAUUUUGUUCAGAAUUGACCGAAAUGAUGGGUGAUCUGUUUAUUGGUCAGGACAUGCCAGAACCACCUAAAGAAGGUUUCUUCAAAGGUCUGUUUGGUGGAGGUGCUCGUACAGUUGAUCGUGAAGAACUUUUCGGGGAAGCAAGCGGCAAAGCAUUGAGAACAGUAGCAAAUCGCAUUCCAGGACCUAAUGCUGGUACGGACGCACUCAGAGAACGAGCUCAGACAGCAACUAGUGAGGUGGCUAUGGCACAUCAAAUGGUCGUCGAGCGGGGUGAUAAACUGUCUCAACUUGAAGAGCGCACAGGGCGGAUGAUGAAUGAAUCGGAAAAUUUUGCUUCAUCUGCACAUUCGCUCAUGCUCAAGUACAAAGACAAAAAGUGGUAUCAACUAUGAGAAAGACAAUCUCGAAGACGCCGGCUUGGCCGCUGAAUUACUUCUUUUCGGAAGAUACCGAUUCGACUGGCAAAAAACUCACCGAUGCCCACUAUCGGUUCUUAUAAACCAUCAGUACUGUUGCUAUUUAUUGUAGCAGAUGAAAUAAUUGCAGUCCCAGGUCUAUGUAAAAAUGACACAGAAUCACCAAAAGAAAAUAUCUUGAAUCCAGGAUAUUUAUGUCAAAGGUAGCUCCAUAUAACUGUAACAGCAUAGGCAAUAUUCGACUCAGAUACCUUAGGAGCGUGAAUGACAAAUAUAUAUUCUAUUGCAUAGUAUAAACUGCAAUCGUAUCUUUGGAGUCAAGAACGUAAUUAGAGAACGAUGAGAAAAUACUCGUGCCGAUUCAGAAAAAUAUUUCAUACUCCUUCUAUCGAACUUCAUAUUUAGUUUUUUUUCGUCGGUUUACAUGUGUAUGAUACUAAAAUAUAUAUUAUACAUGGUAAAACUAUUAUGCUCUUUUAAAACAAUUAAUAAAAAUAGUUCAUCUGAUCUAUGAUAAAAUAAUGAGCAAAUGCCUUUAAAUUGAUAAAGGUUCAAUUCAAUUACACAUGUAUACUCUAAUGCGUAAUAAUUUGAAGAAAAAUAACAGUUAAUGAACCAUAUAUAACAUAUUUAUAUUUAUAAUGAAUAACUGACUCUUUCACGUGAAUACGAAGCAUGUAAUCUUUAAUUAUUUUUAUUUUAAUAACUAUAAAUGAUACAAAAAGUA